CUGAGAGAGGAAAGGUUUAGGGUUUUAAGGGGAGCGGACGAGCGAUCGAUCGAUCGAAGCGUGCGGGCAUGGGGACUGGGCAGCAAGCGGCGACGCGCGAUGUGAUCACGCUGAAGGGAUCCUCGUCCAUCGUUGGGGAGUUCUUCUCUUAUGCUGUCAAUAGCAUUCUUUUCCAACGAGGCUUGUAUCCAUCUGAGCAGUUUGAUAGAGUGAAGAAAUAUGGCUUGACAAUGCUAGUUUCUCACGAAGACAAAGUGAAGGGCUAUAUCUCGGCAGUGACUUCGCAGAUUGCCGAUUGGUUGCAAACUGGAAAAGUCCAGCGCGUUGUGAUGGUGAUCUCGAGCUUGGCAACGAAAGAAGUUCUCGAGAGGUGGAACUUUUUGAUUGAAACAGACCGGGACGCCACAGAAACGGGUGCCACGAAAGAAAAGAGCGACAAGGAGAUAAUGCAAGAGAUUCAAGCCAUCAUGCGACAAAUCACCUCCAGCGUCACAUUUCUUCCUCACCUCGAAGAAUCAUGUUCUUUCGAGCUGCUUGUUUACACCGACACGGACUUGGAAGCUCCCACUUCCUGGGAAGAAAGCGAUCCCCGGCUCAUCAAGAAAGCCCAGGAGGUGAAACUACGCUCUCUCAACACAAAGAUCCACAAGAUCGACUCCUUAGUCGCUUACAAAGUAGACGACGAUUCAAACGUCUAGCUCGUGUAAAAUUCGAAGCUCCCUUAAGCGUAUUAUAUUAUCUCUUAAUGCAUUAGUCUUAGACUAAUCACGGUC